AUGUAUGAGAGCGAUGCAAUGUUGUUGAAAACACGCCGUGACAUGUUGAGGGAAUGUUACAAAAAUUUCGACCAGGCUCAAAACUGGUUGGAACAAUUGUUUCCGGACGAAACAGAAAAGCGAGACGAGGUGGAAAUACAGUUCGUUGCCGGGCUAGCCAUGUUCGACAAAGCUAUUGCCAAUAAAAGGGUUGGCGCAGAGCCAAAGACAAGUGGUGAUCUGGUUCGUCUGCCGUCCGUGGACCUACCGACAUUUUCUGGUUCCAACGAAAAUUGGCUGGAAUGGUUCGAUAAGUUUAAUGCCCUUAUCCAUCAACGAACUACACUGGAAACGAUUCAAAAGUUUGAAUAUCUCAAACUAUCACUUCGAGGUACUGCAGCAGGUAUUAUCGACUCGCUGCCAACAACGGAAGCCAAUUAUGCAGUUGCGUAUGAUCUACUCGUGAGUCGCUACAACAAUCCCAAGUUGCUAGUUCAAAAACAUACAAGAGACCUGUUUGAGCUGGAGCCAGUUCACGUGGAAUCAGCGGAAGCUUUAAGAAUCCUGUUCGACGGAGCGAGAAAAAAUCUGAGAUGUCUCCAAAUACUGAAGCAACCAGUGGAAUCGUGGGAUGCCAUCCUUGUGUAUCAACUGGCAAACAAACUGGACCCCGCUACACGGCGAGAAUGGGAAUCAAAAUCAUCGGGAACUGCGCCUCCAACAUACAAGCAGCUGGAAACGUUUGUAUUGGGCAGAUGCCAAAUGCUAGACGCCAUUCCACCAAAGCGCAAGGCUUUGCAAGAAACUAGCACACCGAAAAGACCGAAGUUUGAGACCAGAUCCUUUACAGCGACCGAAUCAACAGUGCAUGUCUUAGUAACGGAUCAAAUCACCGGCAUGUUGCCAGCUACAGACUUAGACGUUAGUCAGUGGAAGCUCGCUGAAGUAACGUUGGCGGAUCCAGAAUUUUAUUUGAGCAGACCCAUCGAUAUGCUCCUCGGAAUCAGCGUAAUGUUUGACGUUCUUCUUAACGGCAACAUAAAAAUCUCGGAAAAUAUGCCGUCAGUUCAAAACACCUGCUUGGGAUGGGUGGUCGGAGGUAAUGUCAAACGGAUGGGCGCCAGUGACAAAUUGAAUCGAUUUAUCAAUGAUCAAACCAGUCUGGUGGCUCGGGAAUGGACAGAGGAAGAGGAACUGUGUGAACAGAUAUUCAUUGAAACAACCACACGCAGUAAGGAUGGAAGAUUCAUACUACGACUGCCGUUGAAACCGAAUGCUCAAGCAUUGGGUGAAUCAAAAAGCAUGGCAUUGGAUAGACUCCUUAAGUUGGAAAUCCGUUUUGCACGAGAUCCACAGCUACAGCGUGAUUACACUGCCUUCAUGCAAGCUUACCUAGAUUUGGGACACAUGGAGAAAGUGAGUGAAGCCAGUUUACAGAAUGAUCGGCCGGUGUUCUACUUCCCACAUCACCCAGUGCUAAAGCCUGAUAGCAGUACCACGAAAUUGAGAACGGUUUUCAAUGGCUCCGCAACAACAUCGAGUGGCAUCUCCUUGAACGACAACUUGAUGGCAGGACCUUGCCUACAAAAUGAAUUGCUGCAUAUUUUGCUUAGAUUCCGAUGUCCGACGUUUGUACUAACGGCGGACAUAAAGAAAAUGUUCAGGCAGAUUGAAAUUCAUGAGGACGAUCGUCAACUGCAACUUAUUCUAUGGAGAUUCUCACCCGAGGACGCGGUAAGCACGUACUGUCUGAAGACAGUGACUUACGGUACCCGAUCAGCGCCAUUCGCAGCAGCAAGAUGUUUAAAACAACUUGCGCUUGACUAUGCACACAUUUAUCCAGAAGCUGCAGAGGUACUUGAAACAGACUUUUACAUGGAUGAUGCACUAACCGGACACGAUGAGCAGGAGCGGUUGAUGUUGAUCAAGCAACAACUGAUCAACAUUCUGAGCAGCGCAGGAUUUGAACUGCAUAAGUGGACAUCAAAUAUAGCGGAAGCACAGGAUCAGGAGCAAGAAACAGACAAUACAAAGAUACUAGGCCUACGGUGGAACCCUCGAUCAGAUAUGUUUUCCUUCAGCAAUGAACUCGACAACGUUAUAAUAGCCACCAAACGCAAUGUGCUAUCCGAGGUGCAGAAGGUGUUUGACCCUCUCGGUACUCUUAGCCCCAUAAUCGUCCACGGAAAAAUCCUGAUGCAGGAUAUAUGGUCUGAAAAGCUAGACUGGGAUGAACCCCUACCAGCGUCGCUGGCAAAACAAUGGACCUGGUUUUUCACACAGAUAAGCGAUCUCUCUCAGAUUAGCUUUCCUCGUCAUGUUAAAACAAAGGGUCAUGUCGUGGAGCUGCACGGGUUCUCGGACGCUGCAAAACGGGCUUACGGAGCGGUCGUUUUCAUAAGGACAGUCGACGAACAAGGAGUUCAAGUACACUUAUUCUGCGCCAAGUCUCGAAUAGCACCAUCAAGCGAGCAGAGUAGUAAGGAGGAUUUGACUAUUCCGCGUAUGGAACUAAGAGCAGCCACAUUACUCGUGGAGUUGAUGGAAACAGUAAAAACGGCACUGAAGGUUCCAAUACAAGCCUCGCGUUUAGCAAAUCAUUUUCGGUAG